GGGAGGGGCAGAAGAGAAGUUCCUGCUGUGGGACAGGAACUACACCCCGGUGUUCUCCUCUGCAAGGUUUUGCUGCUGAGAAACCUGGUCUAGAUGAAUUGAGCAGACGCUGCUGGAGCAACAAGCGGGAUACCUUCCUGCAGACCAGCCGCAAUCAAUAUUGUCAUUAGCAGCUCUGCUGGUGGCGGGGACAGUACCCAUGUACAAUGCAUGGGAUGCUCUGAGCUGCCCAAAAGCAACGGGAUAGGAAUUCACCAGAGAAGCUAAGAAAACGUCAGUCACUCAAGCGUAAAACAGGGCAAAACCAAGCAGAAAGCAGAGCUGAGAAAAGGCUUAUGCUUUGUUUAGUGUGCAUCAGGUGGGUGGGAGAAAGAUGCAUGCCAGAUAGCAGUAUGUUUGCAGGAGCCUUGAUGGUGGGAGACAUGGGUAUGUUGUUCUCCUCAGCCUGGCACUGGGACUGGAACACACUGCCCAUCAGAGUAAGGAAGAUGUUGACUAGCUGGAGGAAGUCCAGAGAAGUACAAGUGAUGCGGUCUGGUAACCAUAGCUUAUUAGGAAAUGCUAAAGAAAUGGGGUUUGUUUAGUCUAGAAAGGAGAUGAUGUGAAAACAAUUCAGCAUCAGGCUAACUUUAAUUAUAAAAUGGAUGGUAAUCCGUUGUACUGUAAGGUCAGGGGAGAAGGGCUGAGAAUAGAAACACCAAGGUCACCACAGAGAAGUGGCUGGGCGUUACUAACGCCUCCUAUCAGCUGCAGCAGCACCAGAGGCAUGUCCCUGGGGAGAGCUGGUGUCUCUUCUGGACAAAUUUGGACAAGCAUCUGCCAGCAGUGCUCCCCUAGAGCACAUCCACGUGCCGAGAAAAGAGUGAUGAGUCCACCCAUCCACCCUCAUUUCUCAGCAGCCCCAGAGCUGCUGGGUGGGCAUGGGGAUGCUCUCUGCCUGCGGCCUGGCUGGGGUAGACCGUUAGAAGCCCCAUGAGUGGCACUGAGGAGAGGAUGCUGUGCUCUCAUUUCCGUCUCAGCUGUAUCUUUCAUCUUGCUGUUUUACAUCACCCUCACUUCCUCUGCUCUGCCAGCAUCUGCCUGCUCAACCCAUGCCACUGCUGCCUAUGUCUUCUGCUUAACUGCACCUGCACCCACAGCCCUAUCUAUCUGAGCUAGCAUCUCCUUGGUGCCUGCAGGAAAUGAGCUACAGGUGGGCGACAUGCACAGAUUUCAAAACAUGUAAUAAACAGAGGUUGGAAGGCUCUAGCGGGCAACUGACAGCAUCCAAACGUGGUUUAUGGUGCCUGUCUGUGAACACAGGUAACUCAGAGGGAACGUGUUUUCAUGAGCUCUUCGAGGAGUUCCACGCUGUCCUGGCUUUCCUGCCACUGCAACCCAAAGCCUGCUCUGGAGUCACUGAACCACGUGUGGUGGUGCUGCCAUUUGCUUCUCCUACAGCCCAGCAACCAGGCAGCUGUGACCCUUCACAUCCAUGGGAUGCAGUGGGAGAGUUCCAGUUAUGACCCAGGCCAUCUCUUCUCCAGGUCUUCACAAAGCACUGCUGGUUUUCUCUGCCUGGACACCUUUUUCAAAGGAUCAGCCAUAGCUCACCAUAGGGCCACCAAAACCACACCAUCUGAAAGGCCAACAGUUGUGGGUUUUUUUUUGCCCCUCACCUGUUCCAGCAUUGCCAGGAAGAAGGCUGAAAUCAGCCUUGGAGUGAAUUUUAGCAGUGAAAAGACACUGGCAGGCAUGUCUUUACUCUGGGCAAUCCCACCUGUGUUUACCAAGCUGGCUUUUCCCUGCAGUGAGGGUACCUACCUGCAUAGCCAGCAAGGAGAUGUAACCCAGUAAAGCUGUGAUUUUCCAUUUAUACCAUUUCACAUCUGAAACAAAUUCCAGUGGGCUUUUUUUUGUUCUUGCUGUUGUUGCUGUUUUCUUCUGAGGACUAGAAACAAACAACGUUUUUAAAAUAUCAAGCCAUUAUUUAAAUAAUCAGCGGCUGGGAGUACAGUGACACUGAUUUAAAGGGAUUAAGCUCCAACCUUAAAGCUCAGCGGGGCUUCAUUUUUCUGAUUGAUUCUUCUACAGACAGUGGUGGGGGGGAUCCACCCUGGCUUUGCCCCUUUAUAAAGUUUGGGUCCAGAAUCACCAACAGCUGGGGAUGGUUGCUCGGGGGCAUGUUGUCCCUCCUGUAAAUAAAGCAGGAUGCUCUCUGUGGACAGUGGGGUUGGUGUCAAGGAUCAGCUUUUCCAUGUGCGGGAGCUGUGAGUGAAGGAUAUGGGGCUAAAGAAUUAUUUGCACCGAGUCAGUCUCGGAGCAGACCUGGGAGCUACUGCUUGUGCUUUAAGAAUACAGGAGAUAUAUAUAUAUGUAUAUAUGUAAAAUAGCAGUAGGGUUCUAAAAUGAUGCUGGCUUUUCCACCCACCUCCUGCCCUUUCUCUUCCCCUGGCAGCUCCCCUGACCACCUCCAUCCCUUGCACCACCCUCACAGAAUUCCCACUCCUGUCCCAGAGGACAUAUUCAGUAAUCACAUCAGCUCCAAAGGAUGUUAAGGGAAAACUGAAAAGCUUUCUAAUAAUGAAUAAACCUAGGGGGAUUACGUGCCCUGACCCAUCUAGAAAUGAUACGUGAGCAGACUGAAAAUGCAAACUAAUACAUUAAAGAGAAAAACCGGGAGAGGAUUUAUCAGCCCAGCUCCGUGUCCUGCUCUUGGCUGUGCCUGGCAGAGAUGUUUCAGACCGAGGUGGAAGAAACCCCAUGAAACAUCCCUAUGGUUUGUGUUAGCCCUGCUCUGGGAGGAUCCCCCUUAACCCUGGCUCGUGGUGAUGCCCAGCACGCCCCACAGCAACGUGGCUUCUGUCUCUCAUCACGUCAAUUAGUACCUAACCUUAUGUGGGGACGGAGAGCCUCCUUAAAGGGCUUUCCCAUUAAAAGCCACGUGUUUUUAUGAUUAUAGCAAUUCCCCCAUCAACUCCCUCCUUACAUUUUUUUCUCUUGCCCCUCCUGUCUCACCCUCCCAAGUGUAAAAACCCCUUUGUGCCUUUCACGACCAGCUUUGGGCAGACACUAAUCCUGUCUGUCUGUCCCUAGGGGAAGUGGCCAGCACCAAAAUUAGAGCCCAGCUCUAUUCCCUGAGGGUAUUUUUGCAUAGAUCUUCUGUGGUUUCUCAUCCCCACGCCCAAGACAACCAGCUCAGAGCGCUGAGCCAGCAUUUCCUCAUCUGCCCAGCGCAGCCCCGGGGUCUUGCUGUAUUUUUCCAAUUCAGAACUCACCAAAGUGCAUGAAAAUCUCAAGCUACACCCUCUCACACGCACCGCUUUUCACUGCUCAGCGUUUCAAUUAACCUGUCGGCAGGCUUUUCAUUAGCAUGCCUUCGUUAAGUCCCCGUGCAGCCUCCCUGGCCUGGGCCAGCAGAAAUUACUCUCUGCUCUCUGUAAAAAUUUUCCACUUGACUGUUUGCCCUUUCCCCCGCAUCGUUAACAAAAGAUUUCAUCCUAAAAUGGACUCUCAGGGAUGUCCUAUUAUUAUAUUAUUUAUACGUUGAGAAUGAACUCUUGAUUCCAUUUCUUCUUUUCUCCAUCUUAAUAAGCUUUUAAUACACUGCGGAAGCCAGGCAAUCCCCCUUUGGCAAUUGAGUUUUCUUAAAAGCCUCUUUGAUGGCCUUUAUCAAAAAGCACUCAGGAAAACGUAUUAACUGUUCUCCAUUAUCCACUAUUUUGCUGACUUAUCUUAAGACGAAUAUUUUUUCCCCCGUAUAUUAGGAGCAUGCAGACAGUUUUUAACUCAGCCUUUAAUUAUUCUUUCAAUUUGCUUGCUGCGUACCGUGGCAGUUCCAGUUCCUGAAUGGACCCUUGCAAACACGUUCAGUUGAACCCUGUGUUUGCUGGAAAAAGAAAGGUGUUAAUUAAGACUAGUUGCAAAUACACCAAAAAUACAGGAAGUAGCACUGAAAAAAAAGCCUUUUUUUUUCUGACACGUGAAAAUGUGUUUCCUUCUGCAGCUUUAAAUGAAAUACUGUCUUUCUCUUUUCAAACAAUAUAUCAAGAUUAAGUGUAAUUUUAACCUGAUUCCCACAUUGCAUUAAUGUGUUUCUAGGGAAAAUUUCUUUCCAAUGGCAACCAGCUCAAGCUAGAGAGUGAGAGAUGUCUUUUUUUCAGUCUGCUCUUCUUCUGCGAUGAGACCAAAUGAAUUAAUACACCAUUUGGGGCUUUCCCAUAGACGUUGCCCUCCUUCUCAACAAGCCCCAGAAUGUCCUGUUUUACCCUCCUACAGCUUUUUAGGGAUAAAACCAUUGGCUGUCCUCCAGGGCCCUCUUGUAAGAAGGGGUUUUAGGGAUAAUGUACCAAGGGGUCCCAAGGGGACCGGGUUGGAGGGAUGUCCACCUGCUCAGAGACCUCCCUCAUCCCAGGGAUGACAGGCAGUAGCCCAUUGCCUUGUCCCUGCUCCUAUAGGAUGCUUUUGACGAACAUCUUUACUUAUGGCCAGUUCUGGCUAGUGCAAGGGCAUCUCUUCAAAUGAAAUAGUAAGACGGGGUUGAGCUGGUGGUCCUGGUUAAGGUGGGGUCUCAUCUUAAUCACUACUGCAAAAUCAUAUGAAGUGCUCUAGAGGGAUGCAUCAAAUUACCUAUCAGAGGCAUUUCAAGACAAAUCACAUAAAACCAGGCUGGGAUCACAGUGCACAUCCAAGGGAAAUUUACUGGACGUGAUUUUUCAUGUGGUGGGUGCUCUUUCUCUUUCCUUGUACCCCUCCAAGGGAUGUGCUUUUUUGAAGGGAAGUCACCAAAAUUGUCAUAAUGAAGCAGAGACCCAGACCCAUAUAUUUUCCUUCCCUCUAGGUCCUGUCGUGCGAGGCCAACUCUCCAGGCAGCUCUCCAGGCACUUCAGCCUCCCAGGUAAAGGCACCCCAAGGGAUGCUCCAGGGCAAGGCUGGGUGGUGAAGAUGUUCAGGACUGGCUGAGCAAGGAGGGGUCUUGGAGGCUUGAGGAGCUCAGAUUCAGUACUGUCUUUGUGCUGCUCCUGAUUCCCAGUUGACUCAAUGCUUGAUGGCCAUUGGCCCUUUGUAUUGUUGGAUAAACUGGUUUUGAGACCAAAAGUGGAGCCAAGUCAACUCAUUUCAAUAAGGACUUUGAAAUCUUCCCAAAUACUGGGCUUUAAUCUCUCUGAAGGCUGACCAGAACAAGGAUGGCUGGAGGGGAUGCAGAAGGGACAUGUAACCAUCUCUCAUAUGUUUAGUAUAAGAGUAGGGACAUUCAGUAAGACGUUCUUGUGAGCAUCUGUGUACACAGAGAUGCAAGCCAACAGGACAAGCUGAAAGACACUGUAUCUCCCUUGAAAGCACAGACGCUCCAUUGCAUUGCUUUGCUCAGCUCAUACUUGACUCCUGACACUACACAGGGAAAUGUUAUUCCACACAUUCCUUGGCUUUGGGAAAAGGCUGUAGGCCAGAAGCAGUCAUUAUCCAAAGGAUUUAUGCUCCUAAAAGGAAAUGGAAAGGUGAAAAUUUCAGAAAUAACAUGGAAGAGAGGCUUCCCAGGGCUGGAUCAGACUCUGGCAGAUUUUCCAAUGAAUUAUGUCUUGGUCUCAAACUCUCGUUGAGUAGGAAAAGGCACAGAGAGUGAAAAAAGGGUGAAGUAGGCAGAGGACUUUGCAGGUUCAAGACUUCAUCUCAGUUUUGGGGUGAAGUGGUUUCUGUCCUCUGAAAGUUUAUUCACCCCUCUAUGAUUCACGUUUGGAAGGAGAUAACGAUGCUCCUGCUGUCCACUCUGGCUGGAGGUGCACUUGAACAGAUGAGCAUGGCAUAAGGGAUGAGGUGCUCAGCUGGAACCAAGGGUCUGCAUACUGCGUUUCUGUGUACUGGGAUAGGAAUUAGCUCACAUAAUUACAGAGCUGCAGUGAUUUUGGUGGACCUCAGCUCCCCAAACUGACAUUAGAAGAGAAGGGAAAAACAGGCAAUCUGGUGGAAAACUCCAAGAAAAAGUGGCACACCAGGAGUAAGUUGCUGUUUUGGCUGACACAUCUGGGUCAGGCUGGACAGAGGUUCUGCAAAAUAGGAAAAGAACUUCUGGAUGGAGGAAAAAGAGAAGAAGCCAUUUUUCCCUUUCUUGUUGCCCAGAAGCUGAGACUCUUCUUGGAUGAUAGAAACACAGAUCUGUGCUACAUGGCCAAGGCAUCUGCCAGAGCUGGUGACCCAGAUCCUCAUCUGCUGCUCUGUAUGAACUCUUCCCUUUGGGAUUGAGCAGAAUAUUUGAUUUGGCUUGAAGAAACGACUUCUGCUGUUAUUUCUCCCAAUAUAUUAAGGGUUGCAAUCGAUUCCCACCUUUUCCUUUCACCUUCCUGCCUCUGAUGUCCCCACUUUGGUCAGCACAUUGAGCAGUCUCCCAGUCUUGGCUGGGAUCUCCCUGUGAGACCGUUAGUGUGUGGAAUUUCUUCUUGGCAAAAGUAACAAGAGAGGAAGUGAGCACUGUGUGGAAAUCGCCUGUGGGUCUGCUUUCUGAAAGGUGACUCCUGGACAUGAUGCAGAAAAGAAAGAAAGACAGCUGGAGCCAUUUUUGUGCUGGACACACUGCCAGGGAACAGCACGUUCAAAUGUACAGUCCUUCUGGAAAGCACUUUCCCAAUCUUUCCUCAUUGCUUCCUUAUAAGUGAUGCCUUCAUGCUCUUGAGGGGAACCUUCCACUGUGCACACAGAGUCCAUGACUGAGAUAGUUUUCCAUAAAAUGGAAGCAAGAAGCAUUUGGGUGGGGAGAUGUCUUCUAUACAAAAGGUCAAACAGCUGGAUUUUGGCAGAAAAUAGGAAGUAACAAGGCCAGACGAACUGAGCUUUCCUUAGAGAUAGCAAGCAGCCUAGGUAGGUGGAAAACCUGAGCCAGGACAGUGCAGUGCUUUCUGCUACCUUCUCACUGCUGAAGUGAAAUUUUCAGGUCUCACAGCUGAGGCUGUGCUUUGAUGAGGGCUGGGACAUGAAGUUUUAGCUCAGGAGAGGUGUUCUUAAUGGACCUGAGGCUUAAAGGACCAACAGGCACAGGUGAUCCUGUUGUGGUGGCCUCAUUCCUUACCAGUACCAGUGAAAGCAGGGGGACUUCUGUUUUCUCUGCUGGAGUCGUUUGGCUCCUUGUGGAAGGAGAUUGGCAGGGAACCAGCAAAAAAAUGCGUAUUUCUUUAAUAAGCGCAUCCUCAUGAAUCAGUCCUGGCAGGGUGUACAAGGCAGGCUCUGGGUUUCCUCAAACUCUGGCUGACUCCAGGGCAGAAUUCAUUUCCUAGCGUUUCUCCUCAUCCCCUCUCCUGUCUUACUUUACCCAUUGCCAAAGAAGGCUUUAACCCAGGGCCAGCACCAAGAGCUCCAGCCACUUGUUGUGUCCUGAGCAUGAGAGGCAGAAAGCAGCACAUGAAUUACGAUGACUUAAACUACUGUGGUAUGGCUUCAGAACCACCACUUCCAAUCAAGCCAUAAACUGCCUGUGAUAUACAGCCCGUCUAUAUGUUGUGUGUACAGCACUGAUUAAAGAGUGAGCUGAGCUAACUGGUGUUGAAGUCAUUGCUAUUAACAUAUGAAAUCCCUCCUAUGCCUGGAGCACUCUGCAGUGCAAUGUCUCCCAGGGCACUGAGUUGUAUGUCAUCAUUGUGAGGUUGGGUUUUUCUUCCGUCGGGAGAUCUGAGAUCAGACCUGACUGCUUCCACCUCUCUGUGUGUUUGCUGCUCUGUUCACUGGCUGAAAUCCUGGAUGCUGCAGAUAGGGCAGCUCUCUCCAUAGAAGUUCCUCAUCCAGGCUGACACAAGGGGUUUCAGUGGGGUGCCAUGAAGGACACAAAGGAGGAUUCCAGGAACGCAGGACAGAAGGUUCGGUGGAGUCCUUACUGACCCCCUGCAACAACAACAACAACAAAAUACUACAUAUAUAUUUGUGAAGAAGACAUGAAUUUUGCUACCUCACCUUUGCCUCCAGGCAAUAAAGAAAAAUUAGAAAGAUGUACUCAGGUGUGCAAAGCCUCUGCACAGAAAAGCACUCACCCUCCGUUGGCCGGCACACUGCCGCUUCUCCUCCUCCCUCCAAUCCUAUUAGUAUUAGAGAAGGAUAGAGCUAUAACAGGAAAAGCCACCUCUUAGCAGCACUGCUGACAGCUUGCCUUUUAAAUCUUUAAUAAGAGCUGGCUUGCACAGCUGCUGUCAUCUGCUGCAUGACAGCACAGAGAACCACAACUCUACGGCAUGCUCUGCCUGCUGCUGGGUCCUGGGGUCAACGAAAGCACACCGAGGAGCCUCAGCCUUGCAGGUCUGACCCCAUCAGAAACUCUUUCCUCUCUACCCAUGUGCCAGAACCUGAAUUCAAGACUGUGUUCCCUUGUCUCACAUGCUCAUGGAAUAGCAGAUGCUCUUCCCCAUGUCCUACGCUCCUGUAACCCGGGGAAGAGGGGACAAGUCUACCAGCAAAGGACGUGAUCCACCAUGACGGCUCAGGGGCUGAGUUCUGCCCUCAACCCACGCAGCAUCCAGAAGUGUUUGCGAGGCCCCGUGGCACUGAGUUCAGCUCAGGCUUCCUCCUCCACAUCUUGACUUCGGACGGCAGACCGUUCGUGGAAUGAAAAGGAUGCAAAAAUAGCUACUCUGGGACAUUACUUAGAACCGUUUAUAGACCUGCUGACACGUGGUGACCACAAAAACUUUACCAGAGUCUCUGGGUGAAGAAUAUUGCCACAGGGAGUAGAAGGCCGUGUUUACAGCUCAGGAAAGAGUUGGUAACUGUAAUUAAGGAGUGACGAAGGGCAUGGAGCUUGCCGGGAUUCUGCUGCCCUCUCCUGGAUGCAGCAUCUUAUUUUGCCCCAUGGGCAUGAGUUGUUUGUGGAUAGGUUGUCUGCAAAGCCUAUUUCUCCAGCAUCCACAUAGAGUAAAAAGGGGACCUGUGUGGAUGAGGGUGUGUGGUGGGCCAUACACACGUGUGUCCCACUCUGACCUCACACCUUCAGUGCAUAUCACAGCCUCUGGAUGUGUACACAAGCAGCUUCAAAUUUGCCAAUCCCAAAUGAUUUGGGUGGGGAUUUCUAGAAGAUGUGCCCCCACAGGGAUAUGCUGCAGAGACACAGCCACUGUCGUGAGCAGAGCAGGAUCAGCCCAUGGAAAUGACACAGUCUGGACUUACUGCACCACAGGUAGCUCUUGGCUCAGCCUGCCUGUUCCCCAGCCUUCAGAAACAGAGCAGAGCCCUAAAAAACACAUGUCUUCUUCUGAGCCCAUCCUGGACCUCAAGACAGACACAACAGAGGCACCUCCAGCCCGCAGUGACCCUGAGGAGCCCACACCAGACCUGGGGAUGAGGCAGGACCCCGCCAGCUCCCUGUGUGGGUGUGAUGCUGCAGCCUCCAGCACCAGCAGUCACAGUGAGCCCAGUCCUGCUCCAUCCGCAGGUGAGAACGUCUCAGGCAAAGACCCGACGUCAGAGCAGAGGGACCCCAGCCCUGUGGACUCUGUGCCAUGUCCAGAAGCCCCCGAGGAGUGCCCGGCUCGCCCCAACACCCUGGACUUGUCCAAGUCGCUGAAGAAGCUGGAGGAAGUGAAGCAGAUGGGGCAGAGGCGUAACAGUGACCACACGGCGGUGAAGGAGAAUGGGGUUGGGAGCAGCCCUGUGGCCGCGGCAGUGAGCGAGGAGAGGAAGGCGCUGGAGUCCGAGCUGGGGAAGUGCAUCGAGGACUUCCGAAAGAUCAAGAUCCCUCGUGCCUUUCCCAAUAAGAAACGGCAGUGGCAAAGUGAGCUGCUGAGGAAAUAUCAGUUGUGAGGGGCGCGGUGAGGCUCUCCGGGGGUACCCCCAGCCGUGGGGUGGUACAGGGCAUCGGCACAGCUGGGGUGAGGAGUGUAGGCUGCUCCUUCAACAAGCGUUGCAAGCCUACAACUAAGGCAGCAUGCUCCUUACCGUGGGAUGCAUGCUGUCCCGAACGGUAUGAACGUAGGUGAAGGGACAUAAAAAAGGGAAGGGGGACCAGGGAGAAUCACCAAGGGAAAAGCUACCAUCCAGCAGGAGCUCUCAUCUUCGUGCAAACAAAUUUUCCUGGUGUUUCAAGUAAUAAAAUAUAGUUGAUGU